AUGGAGACUAAGGAACCGACACCUGAAGCAUUACAGAGAAAAUUGUACUUUUUACUCGAACAAUUACAAGAUAUGGCAAGAGAAUUACCACCAAAAUAUCAAAUGAGAGUUCCAAUUGAAUUACUUUCUGGGUUGGCUAAUUGCUUACUUAAUGAUACAAUUUUCGAAAUUGUUAAAGGAUUGAUGGAAAUUCAACAUGUUACAGAGAAACAUUUAUUUCAGCAAAGAUUGCAAGUAAUAAACAAUCACACAAUGGAAAUUCAGGAAAUGAUGAAUAGCACCCCUCCAGAGCAACAAGAAAUUCAAAAGAAUAUAUUACUACAAAGGCAUAAAGAAGAAUUAAAGCAAACUGACAUGAAAUUAGUUCUUCAAUUGGACCAAAAGGUUAGUGACCAGCAGGAUACAUUGGAACAAGCUGGUGUACCAGGAUUUUUUGUAACUAGUAAACCUAUUGAGGUAAAAGUGCAAAUGUAUUUACUGGACUUUAUAUUGAGAUUAAGCAAAAUGGAUAUUCCGCAAGUG